AUGGCUGGGGAAAUCAUUGUCGGACACCUGUGUACUAAGUACAAGUACACACAAAUAUAUCUAAAGGCAACCGGGAAUGGGAAAACUGGGCAACCACCUGUGCAGUCAAAUCGAUCAGUUACACGCAAAUAUGUAAAGGCAACUGGGAACGGGGAUACUAGCCAAUCACCUGUGCAGUCAAAUCAAGCAGGCAACCGGGAAGGAGGAAACUGGUCAACCACCUGUGCAGUCAAAUCGGGCAAGUGGCUAGGGAAAUCAUGUUCGAACACCUGCGUACUAAGUGCAGGUACACAAAUAUAUCUCAAGGCAACCGCGAACGGGAAAAUUCGGCAACCACCUGUGCAGUCAUAUCGGGCAGGUGGCUGGGGAAAUCAUUGUCGGACAACUAACUAUGAUCUAAGCAUAGGUAACCGAAAAUAUUUAAAGGGAACCGGGAACAAGGAAACUGAUCAACCACCUGUGCAGUCAAAUCGGGCAGGUGGCCGGGGAAAUCAUUGUCGGACACCUGUGUACUAA